AUGGGAGAGCGAACCCCACCCCUAGCCAGCUGCAGUGCUCAGGAGAAUGGACCCUAUACACGGCAGGACUUGCAGAAGGCUCCAAGAGGGGCUACGGGCCUGGCUGAAAGGAGGCAGGGAAAGUUUGGGCUCCGCGUCUACAAGGACGGAUGGAAGUUGCUGGUCCGGGAUUCAGGAGAGGGGCGAGGGGCCUGGGGCGGCACCUGCGGACGCCGGCCGGGGCUGGGGCACCGCUGCCAGCCCGGAUCCCGGGAGUGCCGAGAAGGAAGUGGUGGCGGCGGGGAGGAUGAAGCCUCGGCGCGGUCCCCGGCUCCGAAACUCUGUCAGCCCCAAGCCCCGAGGAGACGGAGGAGGUGGGGUCCCGCCGCCCCGCCGGUCACCGGGUCGGGGGAGGGUGGCCGCGGAGCGCGGGCCCGGCACCUACCUGCGGUCCCGGGCGGCAGCCCCAGACGAGGCCUAGUGCACCGCCGCCUCCAUCUCUCCACGUCGCGCCGAGACUGCUGCUCCGCGGCCGCGGCCGCCGCCGCCGCCCUGCGCGCCGGGUCCGAGCCCGGUUCCCGCCUCCGCCCCGCGCCUGCUGGCCGGCGGGCCCGGGAGCACAGGGCCGCCCUCUCGAGCCCAGCGCCGCCCGGGGGCAGAGCGGCCGCGGCGGGCCCCUCACGUCUCGCCCGGGUGUCCUGUCAGCCAGCAGUCUCCCCCGGGUCCGCAGCGCCGCCUCCGCCGCUGCUGCCGCCGCCUCUCCCACAUCCCCGGCCGCCAGGGGAGCCGCCGCCGCGCCGCGACCACCGCCCCCGGCGCCUCAGCUCCCCACGCCGCCGCCGCCGCCCGCCUCACGCCACCGGCCCGGCGCGGCUGGGUCCGCGGAGAGCGUGCAGCAGGCCGCCGCCAGGCCGCCGCAGCCCCCAGCCCACAAUCCACCGCGGCUCCGCCGGGGCGGGAGGGCCGCGGCCAGACCGGGAGUCGCCGCGCGGCUCCGACAGGGCCUGGCGCGGCCGCCGCGGAGCCGGCGUCCCCCGAGCGGGGACGACCCCGCGUGGCUGCCCCGCGCCUCCCCCUGUCGUCCUCGUAAAGGCAGAAGUCCUCUGGGAUCUGCGCUCCGGCUCGCACCGUCCCCCCCGUGCCCAGGUUGUCCAAAGGAGCCGAGCGUUGCCUUCCGCCUUCCCUGGCGAGCGGGCGGGAGCGGACCCCUCGCCCCCCAGACCAACUGACUCCCGGCCGCUCACACCUACUAAAGCCCUAGCUUCCGCCUGCCCCGGCUCCCUCAGCCCCUCAUAG